GGUAGGAGGGAGACAUGGCAUAAACAAUGCUGAAUUCAUUGCUUCUGCAGAUGAGCUUAAGAUUCCUCACGUCUCCUUUAGCCAACUAAUAUAAAUAUGGCUCCCUAAUGGCCAAAAGCCACAAACCAAGUUGGUUCAUUAGCUCAAGCCUCUUCUUCUCCAAGAAAAAUGGACUCCAUCUCAAAGAAAUCAUUCCACACUCGCUCGAACAGCUUGCCCUUGAGGCCACAUCCAGUCGUCGACGACGUCGAUGAACAUCUCUGCAGAUUGAAGGCCUCUGCAGCCGCUUCUUCAUCAUCUUCCUUGAGCCAAAAACUUGGAAAAGUUCAAGAUUUGCAUGAUUCCAUUGAUAAUUUACUUCUUUUGCCACUCACCCAUCAAGCUCUUGUUGACAACGACUCGGUCGACGACUUGUUGGAAGGAUCACUCGAGCUCGUGGACUUGUGUUCCAUGGCAAAGGAUGUAUUAUCACAAAUGAAAGAAUGCACACAUGAACUCCAGUUUGUUUUACGUAGAAGAAGAGGAGAUGACAUAACAAAUGAUGUUCAAAAGUAUUUGAACUCAAGAAAGAUUAUGAAGAAAACAAUCCACAAGGCUUUGAAAGGAAUGGAAAAAUCAAGUUCCAAGACAAGUGAUGAAAGUUCAGACAUUGUUACCUUGUUAAAACAGGCAGAAGCAAUCACAUAUAGCACCAUUGAGUCCUUAUUGUCCUUUAUGGCUGGACCGAAGUCGGCAUCGAAGGCGAGCCGAUGGUCUAUGGUUUCCAAGCUGAUGCAACCCAAGAGAGUAGCCUGCAAAGAGGAAGGCUCAAACACAAACUUAGUAGAGAUGGUGGAUGCUACAUUAUAUUCAAUCAAAAGUCAUAAAUCUAAUGUCCUACAAGUUGAAGAUGUUCAGAACUUGGUGAGGAAACUGGACUCGAGCGUCGAUGAACUUGAAGAUGAUCUCGAGCGUCUGUAUCGACGUCUUAUCAAGAAUAGAGUCUCGUUUCUCAACAUCCUAAAUCACUAAGGCUGAAACCUUAGAUGAGAAUACAAUUUUGUCAAUGUAAACACCACAGUGUGUAUAUAAUAUA